GUUUGUUAUUUGUAAUAUUUAAAAAGAUGAUAUCAAUUAAAGUAAUUUUUGUGGUAUUAUGCACAAUAGUGUCAAUUGACAAAGUAAAUAGUCAGCAAAAUAAUAGAAUGAUUGAUACUGAAUGGGACACCAAACAUCCACCUUUUGAUCCAAAUAUUUACGAGGAAAUUUUAGAUCCUGUGUUAUGUGCAAAACAACUAGAAUAUUUGAUUUUGAAUGAUACGCUUUUGAUGAUGAUGUUUCUCGAGGCAGGCCCUAGGGUACCGAGAGGGAUUCUGCAAGGAAAUCUGAAAGAUUUAGGAAAUUACCGCCAAUGCCUUGGUAUUAACAGAGAAAUCGAUGACAUGGUUAUUGAAGGGAAGUAUUGCCAAAUAGAAAUUGGAUUAUCAGAUCUUGCAAACUUUGGAGAUGCGACUGAAUUGGGAAAUGUUAAAAUAGCUGUUGAUACUGUAAAGGAUGAAAUAAAUUCAUAUGAAAGACUACGAAACAAUUUCGAAGUUAUAAAUGGCAUAAAGAGUAAAAAAACUUUAAGGACAGAUGCCGUUCAUUUAGGAAAUUUACGCUUUACAAUAUCUAUUUGUUUACCAAAGCCUUGCUCCACAAAACAGGCGUUAUCCAAUCUCAUUGGAACUGAGUUGAUCAAUUUUCAGGAACGAUUAUGCCGAUUCAAAAAUGACAAACCUUGGGCACCAGGGGUUUAUGUAGCUAUUGUGGUCUUCAGUUUAAUAGUUCUGCUGGCCAUUCUUAGUACAAUUUACGAUGUUUGGAAUACUGUCAUUCGUGAACGAGAUCCGAAAUCUCUUAAUACAAUUUAUCAGUCGUUCUCAGUAUAUACAAAUACUCGUCGUCUGAUCACAUAUAAGCCGGCUCGCGGUGCUUUAGAGUGUGUCGAUGGCAUCAGAGCAAUAUCUAUGGCUUGGAUUGUAGUGGGACACUCAUUUGGUGCUGUUCCAGCACUUAUAAAUGAGUUGGACCUUCUUCGGUGGGUUACGUCAUAUGAUUCCUUUUGGUUGACUACAGCCCAUAUUGGUGUGGACACUUUCUUCGUGCUAAGCGGUUUGCUGGUUGUCUACACUACUGUUGGCAAAGUUAACAGUAUGAAACUGUUAAAGAAUCUGCACCUGUUUUACCUCAAUCGAAUUCUACGAAUGUUUCCUCUACUAGCCGCUACCAUAUUGCUGCAAGUUGGCGUAUUACAUUAUAUUCUUGACGGGCCAGGAUGGCUUAUAACAGCUUUGCAAACAAACGACUGUAGAACAAACUGGUGGUUAACACUACUUUAUGUGCAAAACUAUAUUCAUCCAAUGUGUUUGGGUCACACCUGGUACUUAGCAAUUGACAUGCAACUAUACAUUCUGUCUCCACUGGUUUUAUUCUGGGUAUUGUCAGGCAAAAAAAAUCGCGCUUGGUCGGCAUUGAUUAUUGCAAUAUUAGUUGCUGUCACUGCGACAUCAAUUUACGUCUUUCUGAAUGAUUUCAUUGGUUCCUUUGUACAACCCGCAUUGGCCAUAGAAGUCGUCCUAAAAUACGCUAGAUACUAUUACUACAAUACAUUCACAAGAUCUUCACCUUUCUUUAUCGGGAUGUGCUUCGGAUACUUGAUCCACUAUUGGCGAGAAAAGAAUAUACAAUUAACAAAGGUAUAUUUGGAAAGGAAACCACGCUCAGUAAUAUAA